CUACUUCUAGUUUUUCGGAUGAUAUAAGUAGGUGUAACUUCUUUCUUAGAUCAUUAGGGAUUCCAAACACUAGCAUGGCAAUGACUUUCGCACAAACAAUUCUAGUUCUUGAAGAACUCGUACUUUAGAUGAUGAGCUGUAAAGUUCAAAUCUAGGUUGUUUACAUUUCGAAAGAAGAAGGGUCGUGUUCUCAUAAGCUUUACGAAAAUGGUGCGCAAGCUUUUGGGCGGCGUGUUGAAUUGGUGGGACGUUGUCGCAUUCGCGAUCCAAGUAUUUGGAGAGCUUCAAACGAUGCUCUUCCCAGAAGAUUACUUGGUGCAGGUCUUCGGACCGGGAAUACUCGAGUCUUAUCCUGAGGCGGUUUGGCUUGCACGAAAUGCAGCACUAGGAACAUUCUUCUACACCUGCGGGGUCUUCUGGUUUAUUGGGUACUACUAGUUUUAGUAAGUUGUUCUUCUAUUUUUUUCCGGACAUGAUGAUCAUUCAAGGGUUGUAGUUUUUUUAAAGAUAAUCAUGAAGUGAAAAUGACCGUCUUUGUGGAUGAUAAUCCAAGUCUCGUCUCGAAAACCAGAAAUCUUACUAUGUAUAGUUUCUAUUUCCAGGUACUCCGCAUUCGCUCCGAUGUUUUCCGUCAAGCAUGCUUUCGAUACGAUGCAUUGUCUGACAAAUUGCGGGCUACUCGCAUUCCACGCAGCGUCUUGGCCUCUAUUCAAAACAGCGGUCCGACAGCAGGAGUGGUACCACUUGACCCUUUGAAGAGUUCUCUUCUACUAGAUCCGAUUAGUAAGUUCAUCUUCUUCGUAGUAGGAUGUGAGUUUGAAGAUUUGGAAUUUGAGUAGUAGAUCCAGUUUCUGAUUUUUUUUUUCAACUCUAGCUACCCGAAGUUUCCCUUACUGACAGGAUGAUAACAAUGGGGGUGCAUUUGUUUCUCGCCAUCGGAUAUGCGGUAAACGCUAGAGUGCACAGAGUGGAAGGUGACCUGAAAGUGACGUAUUCGAACCGGGCGCAAACCGUUCAGCGCGGAAGAAGUAAGAGCGUAAUGAAGAAAAAGACGAAGUAGCUAGCCGCUGCCUAUGCGUUUCUUAAAGGAGUUUUCUGGUAGUUGUGGCACUCCGAUAAUCGGAGCGGUAGCAACAGCUCCUGCUGCAGUAAGCGUUCUUGAAAUUUCAAUCUCUUGAAUUAUUACUUAGGGUGCAGGUCCCGCGACGCUCAAAGAACACAGAGUAAAUUAGCCGGCUAAUUUCCCUCGAUAGUUCGGAGGUCGUUCGUAGCCCUAUUCGCUUAUAUAGUUUUUGCGUGUUGUAAAAAAGAGACUUCUUGCUGUGUUAAAAGUUGAGAGAAGAUUAGUGUGGGGUUUGCUUAGCAGUUGUCCGUAUGCAGUGAUUACUUCGAUCUUCUUGUUAGAGAGUGGAGGUACUAGAGAAGUAUAGAGGUAAGAGUGUGAGCACAAUCUUUCGCAAACUUAGGGACUUACUAGUUGUAAUCAGAACCGCAUGGCCACCCAGAAAUGAAUACUAUGAUUGCUACAACAAGAUUGCAUAGAAAUAUAGGUGGCCUUUCAACGUACGUAGUUGUAGCCUUACGCACAUGAUUUCGCUUAUGCGGUAUGCAUCAGUGAGGUGAAAAUGAGCUCCAGAUCAAUCGCGAAGCGUUUAAGUAGAUGAAACGAACCUACGUACACGUAGGGUCUGAGACUUCAUGUGUCCACUUCUCUGAAUGUUGGCAUGAUAAAAUCAAAAAGUGCGAGCAGCUUCGAAGGAUAAAUGAAAAUCCAUAGUGGUUUGAGCUUUGGUUAUUGUGAUACGGCUGUUCCUGGAGUAUAUGGUCGUGUUCUGUCAGGCCUCAGAAUUGAAAACCCUGACGAUCUAUCAUUCGCGGGAAGUGUAAGUACCUGGAUUAGAGUUGAUAAACUU